CUCAAAACCAUCAGUUUACAGAUCGAGCUUAAAAGAAAGAAAAGAAUAGAGAGAGAGAGAGAGAGCUAGAGAUCAUAGUGAUCAUAUAUAUUGGAGGGUUGAAAAUGAAGAAGACAGGCAGUAAUGAUGAUGCAACGAAGCCUGAUAGAAAGACAGUGGAGAGGAACAGAAGAAUUCAUAUGAAAGGGCUAUGCUUUAAGCUUGCUUCUCUUAUUCCUAAUCUCCAAAACAUCAAACCCUCCAGGGACAUGGUUUCGCAGCAAGAUAAGCUUGAUUACGCCACCCGCUAUAUCACCCAGCUGAGAGAAAGAAUAGAAAAGUUAAAGCGUAAGAAGGAACAAGUUGCAGUGAGUUUAGGUACUGGUAGCUGUAAUAUGAUUGAUGGCACGGGGAAUGGCUCAUGGCUUCCUGUUGUUGAUUUAAGAGACUUGGGUUCCAGUAUAGAAGUGAUUUUGAUAAGUGGGUUGCAGAAGAACUUCAUGUAUGAAGUUACUUGUAUUCUUCAGGAAGAAGGUGCUGAAGUUGUCAGCAGUAGCUUUUAUACUGUGGGUGAUAAAAUUUUCCAUACAGUUCAUGCUCAGCCGAAGAUUUCUAGAAUUGGGGUUGAGACUUCAAGGGUAUGGCAAAGAUUGCAAGAACUAAAAAACUGAGUGGGUUUCUGCAUGCAAAUCUUACUAGUUUCUCAUCAGAGCUAGCUGCUAGCAUUCAACAACAGUACUUAAUUAAGCCUGUUUGUUCACUAUUUGUGUGCAAGUUAUA